AUGUCCCUCUGGACGUCAGCAAUCACGCCUAUGGUCUCAGCGGAAGCGGAAGGCCAGGAGGGUGAAGACGAGCAGAACAGCGCCCUUAAGCGAGCAAAAACAGCAAUCCAAACCGACUGCCGUCGAAGGUGGCAGGAGAGGUGGAAGCGAAGUAAAAAGGGGGCACACAGCAGGAUUAUCCAGCCAUACCUUGACCCCAAAGUGAAAAAGAUCCAUAGGUCACUCAAGAGACACCAGUCCUCGCUCGCAAUUCAACUAAGGACCGGCAAGGUGGGCUUCAGGGCUUUCCUCUUCAACAGGAAGGUCCCCGACAUCAAAACGCCGUGGUGCUUAGCCUGCACCGGCAAAAAGCUAGAAACCGUUCAACACGUGCUCCUACACUGCCCGACCUGGGUAGAGUUGAGGGAAGAAUGCCUCGAAAGCGGUUUAAAGGAAGGCAUCCGCCCUUCCCUCAAAACGCUCUUGAGUACAGAAAGAGGUUGUCGGGCGGCAACCAGGAUGGUACAGAGAACCGGACUGCUCAGGCAGUACGAUCUCUGUAACAUCGAGGAGAAUUGGCAGGAGCCAGCGGAGCCUGAACCCGAAAGCGACAAUGAGGAGAGACUUCGUGGUUGA